AUGGCGAAAGAAGGCCAGCGGUCAGCAGCUGCUGACAAGGGAAAAGGCAAAGCCGACGAUGCUCGCGAGCUGAACGGACAGAAAAAAGACGCAAAGGAUGAUAAAACCAAGGUUGGAAAGAAGGAAGACAAAGAUGAUGAGCUACAAGAAGGCUCGGUACUGAUCAUCAUUGAAUUCACAGAGGAACUUAACGAAGAAGACCAAAAUCUCAAGAAUGAGCUUGAGAUGCUCGUGGAGCGACUCAAGGAACCCGACACAACCCUGUAUCGCCCCGCCUUAGAUGCCAUCAAGAACUUUAUUAAAACAUCUACGUCGUCGAUGACAGCUGUUCCGAAACCCUUGAAGUUCCUUCGACCGCACUACGACGAGCUCACGGAAGUUUACGAGAGAUGGCCAGCAGGUUCAGAAAAGGACUCCCUUGCAGAUACGCUGUCAGUCCUCGGAAUGACCUACGGCGUUGAAGACAAGCUCGAAACACUCAAAUAUCGCCUUUUGUCGAAGUCUCCAGCCGAGGAUCUAGCCUCAUGGGGCCACGAAUACGUUCGACACCUUGCAUUAGAGAUUGGACAAGAAUACCAAAACCGAUUAGCCGAGGACCAAGAGUUUGGUGAUCUCACCGAACUGACUCUAUCCCUCGUUCCAUACUUCCUCACACACAACGCCGAAGCCGACGCCGUCGAUUUACUGAGCGAGCUUGAGAUGAUCGAGGAGAUCUCCAAGUUUGUGGAUGAAAACACCUAUCAAAGAGUGUGCCUCUACAUGGUCAGCAUGGUCAACCUGCUCACGUAUCCGGAAGACCACCAAUUUCUUCACACAGCGCACGAGAUCUACGUCCGAUACAAAAAGUUGACCCAAGCGAUCGUUAUCGCUAUCCGUCUGAACGAUGUUGAGCUUAUCAAGUCCGAUCUUGCUGCCACUGAAGAUAAAGCUUUGAAAAAACAGAUGGCUUUCUUGGUUGCUCGCCAGCAGAUCUGGCUCGACCUACCUGAAGAGGAGGAUGAUCAGGAGCUGGCGGAGUGUCUCAACAACACUCAAAUCCCUACACACUUCAAGGCCUUGGCUAAGGAAUUGAAUAUCCUUGAUCCCAAGAUGCCCGAAGAUAUAUACAAAACUCACUUGGAAAGCAGCAGAGGUGCAGGAUUGACAAAUGUCGAUUCCGCUCGGCAUAACCUGGCCAGCGCAUUCGUAAACGCGUUCGCUAAUGCUGGGUACGGAAGUGACAAAAUGAUGUUGGUUGAAGGUGACAAGGGACCUUGGGUGUGGAAGACAAAAGACGAUGGAAUGCUAUCCACCACAGCUUCGCUCGGUAUGCUGCUGCACAGAGAUGUAGAAGGCGGUCUGGACAAAAUCGACAAGUUUACAUACGCCCAGGAGGAUCAGAUCAAGGCUGGUGCUUUGCUCGCCAUUGGUAUUCUUAAUUCUGGUGUCCGUCUUGACUCCGAUCCUGCAAUGGCUCUCCUCAGCGACCCUGACAACAUCGAAAACAAGAGCAUCCCUAUGCGCGUGGCAUCUAUUAUGGGUCUUGGUCUGUCUUAUGCUGGUUCCAACAAAGAAGAGCUUUUGGAUGUCCUCCUCCCCAUCGUUGAAGAUGUCUCUUUAGAUAUGCAGCUCUCGGCUAUGGCUGCUGUUUCUCUUGGGCUGAUCUUUGUUGGCUCGUCAAAUCAUCAAGUCUCAGAAGCAAUUGCUUACACAUUAAUGGAUGAGGAGCGACAAAAACAACUCAAAGAUAAGUGGACAAGGUUUAUGGCACUGGGAUUGGCUUUACUUUACUUCGGACGACAAGAAGAGGUAGACGUGAUUCUAGAUAUUCUCAAGGCUGUUGAUCAUCCCAUGGCUAAGCCCACAGCUGUACUAGCUUCCGUCUGCGCGUGGGCUGGCACUGGUACUGUCUUGAAGAUUCAGGAACUUCUUCAUACAUGCAACGAGUUCAUCGAAGACAAAGAAGAGAACAAAGGCGACGAACUCGUUCAGUCGUAUGCUGUUCUGGGUUUAUCUCUUAUUGCUAUGGGAGAAGAUGUUGGCCAGGACAUGAUUCUACGACAAUUCGGACACUUGAUGCAUUACGGUGCAAGUAACAUUCGCAAGGCUGUACCACUUGCGAUGGGACUCAUCAGCCCCAGCAACCCGCAGAUGAAAGUUUACGACACCUUGUCACGAUACAGCCACGACAACGACAACGAUGUCGCUAUUAAUGCCAUCUUUGCCAUGGGUUUGACCGGUGCCGGCACCAACAAUGCUCGUCUGGCGCAACUACUCCGACAGCUUGCUAGCUACUACCACCGUGACCAGAAUUCGCUGUUCAUGGUCCGAAUUGCCCAAGGCUUGUUGCACAUGGGCAAGGGUACGGUCUCCGUCAAUCCCUUCCACACAGAUCGCCAAGUGCUUUCUCGAGUAGCUGCUGCAGGCCUCCUUACUGUCUUGGUCGCCAUGAUUGAUGCCAAACAAUUCAUCCUUGCCGAGCAUCACUACCUUCUCUAUUUCCUCAUCACAGCAAUGCAUCCCCGCUUCCUCAUCACUCUUGACGAAGACUUGCAGCCUCUCACUGUGAACGUUCGUGUCGGUCAGGCUGUUGAUGUUGUGGGCCAAGCUGGUCGACCAAAGACCAUCACUGGAUGGCAAACACAGAGCACACCCGUACUUCUCAGCUACGGCGAGCGGGCUGAGCUUGAAGAUGAACAGUAUAUUCCUCUCAGUAGCACACUUGAAGGCUUAGUGAUAUUACGCAAGAACCCCGAAUGGGAAGCUUCAACUUAA